UGAAAUAAAUUUUAUCCGCUCCCCACCAAGCCAGCCAGCCCCACUGCCCGACGGCACCCGGCCGCCGCCGCCGCCGCCUCCUCGACUCCUCCGCCCCGCCGCGUCGCACCCGACGACCGGACCGCCGUCUCCGCCUGCCGCCCGCACGGCCGCACCCGCACUGUGUUGAUUUCGUUUAUUGGAUCCCUCGGAUUGCAAAAUGCUUGCCAAAGGGAGGAAAGUUGCUGGAAGGGGUGGAGACAUGUCUGCACACUAUGCAUUUGGGCUGCAGGAAGAUGAUGCGAUCAUUAAACGUAGGCUUCUGACCAGGACAACAACUACCAGGGGUGAACCACCACUAAAGAAGCUUCAGAAGAAGUUCAUGUCCUUUGCCACUGAGGUUGAGAAGGAUGCUGACAACAUAAGUGACUGUGAGAGGUUGUACAAGGCCUUUUUACAGGAAAUUAAUGCUUUUGUGUUGCCUCUUCUUAAGAGCAAGGCCGUGGUUGAUGCAAACCUUAGGGAGAAGGAGAGCUUCAACGAGCUGCAAGACGAGAUUCAGCGACAAAUCUUGCAAGCUCAGACUGAUAUUGAGGAACUCAAAAAGAAACUGGAACAGAGCAGAAUUGAGAGGCUGUACAAAGAGGAGUGCGAAGCGAUCAGAAAAAUGAUUUCUUUGCAGCCUCCACGAUCGGAAACAGAGAAGCUCAUCGCGGGUCUUGAGAAGGAGAUUGCUAAUUUGGAGGCCGAGAAUACAGCAUGUAUAAGGACUCUGGAACUAAGGAAGAAGCAGCUUUCUCUUCUUCUUCAUGUGGUCGAGGAAUUGCAGAUCUCAAUCGAAGAUGAGCAGAGGAGCAUAGCGGAUGAGCUGAGAGCUGGCGCUGAAGAGCAGCAGAACAUGAGCACAGAUGAAGGUAGCGGCGAUGCUUCAGAUGCCAUGGCUUUAGACUGAUCCUAGCAGAAAAGCGCGAUGCCUGCCUAGUUCCACAAAGGCAGAUACGUUUUCUUGUGGCUAUAUAGCACUUAAUUGCCUUGGUUAGACUUGUAGGUUGCUUAAUUACACCCUGACACAUGAUGACUCUCGUGUAGUUUUUUUUUUAGAGAGAAGGCCAGAGUCUCUCGUGUAGUUUCAGUUGUAAUUUCAGUCCUAAGUUGUAAUCGUGUGCCCUUUGUCUGAAGGAACAGAACAUCAUGGUGUGACAUAUACUCCUCCAGAUUAUUCCAACAUGUAUGGUUGUUAUUA